GUGCAGGGCACUGGAGCAGGAUGCAGGCGGUGAUGUGGAAUCCACGGCGAGAGAAUUGACCCCGGGCAGGAGAGGAAUAGAUCCAGUGGGUGGACUGAAAGGCUUCACAAGUAUCUUUUGAUAUCGUAAAGGGAGGAUUUGGAAGUGGGAAUCUCAAACCAAGCAUCAGAUCAAGGCCUGACAGAGACACUCAAAUCAUCAGGACCUGAAUACCAUUGGAUUUUGAACAUGGAAGGAAAAAGCACUGUUCAUAGUGAGGAGAAACUGUACACGUGUUCUGUGUGUGGACGAAGAUUCAGCCAAUCAUCUGGCCUUUCGAAACACAAGUGCAGUCACAACCGGGUGAAUCGCUGGAAAUGUGGGGACUGUGGGAAAGGAUUUAAUUACCCGUCUGAGCUGGAAAUUCAUCGGCGCAGUCACACCGGGGAGAGGCCGUUCACCUGUCCCGACUGUGGGAAGGGAUUCACUUGUUCAUCUACCCUGCUGACACACCAGCGAGUUCAUACUGGGGAGAGACCAUUCACCUGCUCUGAGUGUGGGAAGAGAUUCACUCGGUCAACCAUCCUUCUGAAGCAUCAGCGAGUUCACACUGGGGAGAGACCUUUUAAGUGCCCAGACUGCGGGAAGUAUUAUAAAAGUUCUGGGGAAGUAAUGCGCCAUCAACGUGUUCACACUGACGAGAGACCAUUCAGGUGCUCUCACUGUGGGUCAGCAUUCAGGCAAUCAUCCGAACUCUCUGUACAUCAGCGCAUUCACGGUGGAGAGAGACCGUUCACUUGCUCCGAGUGUGGGAAGGGAUUCACUCAGUCAUCCCACCUGCUGACACACCAUCUAGUUCACACUGGGGAGAGGCCAUUCACUUGCUCCAAGUGUGGGAAGGGAUUCACGUGUUCAUCUCACCUGCUGACACACCAGCGCACUCACACUGGUGAGCGGCCAUUCACCUGCUCUGAAUGUGGGAAGAGAUUCACUCAGUCAUCUGCCCUGCUGAAACAUCAGCGAGUUCACAAUGGGGAGAAGUUGUUCACUUGCUCUGAGUGUGGGAAGGGUUUCACUCAGUCAUCCAACCUGCUGACACACUGGCGGGUUCACAAUGGGGAGAGACCAUUUACCUGCUCUGAGUGUGGAAAGGGAUUCACUCAGUCAUCCACGCUGCUGAGACACCAACAAGUUCACAAUGAAGAGAGACCUUUUAAAUGCCCAGACUGUGGGAAGUGCUUUAAAAGUUUCUGGGAGCUGAUGUCCCAUCAACGUGUUCACACUGACAAGAGACCAUUUAAGUGCUCUCAAUGCGGGACUGGGUUCAGGGGAUCAUCCCAACUCACUGUACACCAGCGAAUUCACACUGGGGAGAGGCCAUUCAUCUGUCCCCAGUGUGGAAAUGGAUUCACUCAGUUAUCCCACCUGCUGAGACACCAGCAAGUUCACAUGGGGGAGAGACUGUUCAUCUGCUCUGAGUGUGGGAAGGGAUUCACUGAGUCACACAGCCUGCUAACACACCAGCAAGUUCACACUGGGGAGAGGCCAUUCACUUGCCCCAAGUGUGGGAAGGGAUUCACUCAGUUAUCUAGCCUGCUGAGACACCAGCAAAUUCACACUGGGGAGAGGCCAUUCACCUGCCCUCAGUGUGGAAAGAGAUUCACUACCUCAUCCCACCUGCUGAGACACCAGCGAGUUCACACUGGGGAGAAGCCAUUCACCUGCCCCCAGUGUGGGAAGGGAUUCACUCAGUUAUCUAGCCUGCUGAGACACCAGCAAAUUCACACUGGGGAGAGGCCAUUCAUCUGUCCUCAGUGUGGGAAGAGAUUCACUACCUCAUCCAACCUGCUGGCACACCAACGAAUUCACACUGGGGAGAGGCCAUUCACCUGCCCCCAGUGUGGGAAGGCAUUUAGUCAUUCACCCCACCUGCUGACACACCAACGAAUUCACACUGGGGAGAGGCCAUUCACCUGCCCCCAGUGUGGGAAGGGAUUCACUACCUCAUCCAACCUGCUGGCACACCAACGAGUUCACACUGGGGAGAGGCCAUUCACCUGCCCCCAGUGUGGGAAGGGAUUCACUACCUCAUCCAACCUGCUGAGACACCAGCAAGUUCACAAUGGAGAGAAACCAUACAUGUGUUCUGCGUGUGGACGAGUCUUCAGCCAAUCAUCUGAUCUGUCAAAACACAAAUAUUGUCACAAUGGGGAGAAGCCAUGGAAUUGUGAGGAUUGUGGAAAGAGAUUCAUAUCCCCUUCUCAGCUUGAAACUCAUCAACAGAGUCACACAGGGGAGCCGCCAUUCACUUGCUCUGAGUGUGGGAAGGGAUUCACUCAGACAUCUUACCUGCUGAGACACCAACGAAUUCACACUGGAUAAAGGCCGUUCGCCUGCUCCGUGUGUGAGCAGGGAUAUACUCGGUCAUCCAACCUACUGAGACAUCUGCGAGUUCACAAUGGGGACAGACCAUUUAUCUUCUCAGAAGUGGGAAGGGAUUCACCCAGUCAUCUAGCCUGCUCAGACACCAACGAAUUCACAUUGGGGAGAGACCGUUCACCUGCUCCAAAUGUGGGAAAGGAUUCAGUCAGCCAUCCCAUUUGCUGAGACACCAAGGAGUUCUUAAUAACUACAGUGAUUGAAUUUUGCUGUUAAUCACAACCAGGACUGAACCAUGUUCAUUGGGGUCUGUUUCUGCUGAUGUUAACAAUCUCCAGCCAGUUAUAGAGACUAAU